UGACGACAGAAGCGGGGGGCGGAGACCCAAGAUGGCGGCUAUGGCGCUGGCGGCGGCGCGCUUGCUGCUGCGGCGCGGCUCGGGCUCGUGGCGCCGCUCGCGGCUGAGGUCCGGAGCCCCCGCACACAGGCGCUUCAGUAGCAGCGGGACCUACCCCGGCGUCCCGCUCUCCUCCCCGUUGCCCGGCGUGCCGGAGCCCGUUUUCGCAGCUGUCGACGGACAGGAGAAGUUUGAAACCAAAGUUACCACGCUGGAUAACGGACUUCGCGUGGCGUCCCAAAACAAGUUCGGACAGUUUUGUACGGUGGGAAUUCUUAUUAAUUCAGGAUCAAGAUAUGAAGCAAAAUAUCUUAGCGGAAUUGCUCACUUUUUGGAAAAAUUGGCAUUUUCGUCAACUGAUCGAUUUGACAGCAAAGAUGAAAUUCUGCUGACAUUGGAAAAGCACGGGGGUAUCUGUGACUGCCAGACGUCAAGGGACACCACCAUGUACGCUGUGUCUGCGGAUUCCAAGGGCCUGGACACAGUGGUUGGUUUGCUGGCUGACGUGGUCCUGCACCCCAGGCUCACAGAGGAGGAGAUUGAGAUGGCGCGGAUGGCCGUCCAGUUUGAGCUGGAGGACCUGAACAUGCGGCCUGACCCAGAACCGCUUCUCACAGAGAUGAUCCACGAGGCUGCUUAUCGGGAAAACACAGUUGGCCUCCACCGUUUCUGCCCCAUGGAAAACAUAGCAAAGAUGAAUCGAGAAGUGCUUCACUCCUACCUGAGAGCCUACUACACCCCCGGCCGCAUGGUGCUGGCUGGGGUCGGCGUGGAGCACGAGCACCUGGUGGAAUGCGCCAGAAAGUACCUGCUGGGAACCCGACCAGCCUGGGGAUGUGAGGAGGCUGUGGACAUCGACAGAUCCGUAGCACAGUACACUGGGGGGGUCGUCAAGCUGGAAAGAGACAUGUCCAACGUCAGCCUGGGCCCUGCCCCGUUCCCCGAGCUCACACACAUCAUGAUAGGACUGGAGAGCUGUUCCUUCUUGGAGGAAGAUUUCAUCCCCUUCGCUGUGCUGAACAUGAUGAUGGGCGGCGGUGGGUCCUUUUCCGCUGGCGGGCCUGGCAAGGGCAUGUUUACCAGGCUGUACCUCAACGUGCUCAACAGGCACCACUGGAUGUACAACGCGACCUCGUACCACCACAGCUACGAGGACACGGGCCUCCUGUGCGUGCACGCCAGCGCCGACCCCAGACAGGUUCGAGAAAUGGUGGAAAUCAUCACGAAGGAGUUCAUUUUAAUGGCUGGAACCGUGGACGUGGCAGAGCUGGCCCGGGCCAAGACGCAGCUGACGUCCAUGCUCAUGAUGAACCUGGAGUCCAGGCCUGUGAUCUUUGAGGACGUAGGGAGGCAGGUGCUGGCGGCCCGUUCCAGAAGGCUGCCCCACGAGCUGUGCGCGCUCAUCAGCAGCGUGAAGCCAGAAGACAUCCGGAGGGUCGCCUCUCAGAUGCUCCGCAGGAAGCCAGCGGUGGCCGCCCUGGGCGACCUGAGCGACCUGCCGGCCUACGAGCACAUCCAGGCGGCGCUGUCCAGCCGAGACGGGCGCCUGCCCCGGACGUACCGGCUGUUCCGCUAGAGCCCAUUGGCGAUCCGGCCCCGAUGCGGGCGGUGGAUGGAGCACGUGUUCGUACGUGUGUCUUUGGGUGUGAAUUUAGUGCAGAAAUUCAUAAAAGGUGCAAACUAGG